AACGUCGACGAACUGCAAGAGCAAGCAGAUUCUGGUCCAUCUCGCACGGAGGCAUGAUGUGUAGAUAAGAAACGAGGAACGGCAGCAAACAGGCUGCCUAGGAACUACACUCCGCGCAGCGACCGCUUAUCGUCACUGUCACAUUUAGCUGGGCAACAAUGAAGUCCUAUUCAUUGUUCUGCGCUCGACAGUUUCUACUGAAAGUAUUUUUGCUACAGUUUAUGCUUUCUCAGCGAACUCUAGCUGCACCUUCGCCAAUAAUCAAGUUUCCAGGGGACGAUACCCCCCAAACGGACAAAGAAAUAGCGCUGCAUUAUCUGAACAAAUUCUAUGGAUGUCCACAAGAGAGUUGCAACCUCAUGGUACUUAAAGACACCCUGAAGAAGAUGCAGAAGUUUUUUUCACUGCAAGAAACUGGAGAGGUUGAUAAGCAAACAGUGGAACUUAUGAAGAAAUCCCGUUGUGGGGUUCCAGACAUGGCUAAUUAUAGCUUUUUCCCAAAGAAACCAAAGUGGGAGAAAAAUGAAAUAACAUACAGGAUUUUGGGGUAUUCUCCUGAUCUAGACGAGGGAACCAUAGACGAUGCUUUUUUCCGGGCCUUCAAAGUGUGGAGCGAGGUCACCCCGCUCACCUUCUCCCGCGUCAUGGAUGGAGAGGCGGAUAUCAUGAUUAACUUUGGCCGCAACGAGCACGGCGAUGGAUACCCCUUCGAUGGAAAAGACGGUCUCCUGGCCCACGCUUUCGCCCCUGGCCCAGGGAUCGGGGGUGACUCUCACUUUGAUGAUGAUGAGCAGUGGACACUCGGAGAGGGACAAGUGGUGAAGGUAAAGUUUGGGAAUGCAGACGGGGAGUUCUGUAAAUUCCCCUUCCUUUUCUUGGGGACGGAAUACAAGAGCUGCACAGCCCAGGGUCGGGACGAUGGCUUCCUGUGGUGCUCCACCACCUACAACUUCGACGAGGACAGGAAGUACGGCUUCUGCCCGCAUGAAUUGCUGUUUACCUUUGGAGGCAAUGCAGACGGUGCUGCCUGCAAGUUUCCCUUCAACUUCCAAGGCGAUUCGUACGACGGCUGCACCACCACAGGCCGCGAUGAUGGCUACCGCUGGUGCGCCACCACCGACGACUACGACCGCGACAAGACCUACGGCUUCUGCCCUGAGACCGCAAUGUCGACGAUCGGGGGAAAUUCUGAAGGAGCGCCUUGCUCUUUCCCCUACACCUUCCUGGGUGAUGUUUAUGAUGCCUGCACUACUUCUGGCCGCAGUGACGGGAAGAUGUGGUGUGCCACCACAAAAAGCUACGACGAUGACCGCAAAUGGGGCUUCUGUCCAGCUGAAGGCUACAGUCUGUUUCUGGUGGCUGCACAUGAGUUUGGUCAUGCUUUGGGGUUGGAACAUUCCCAAGAUACAAGUGCUUUGAUGGCUCCAAUCUAUACCUUCACCAAGGAGCUCAGGCUCUCCAAUGAUGACAUCACAGGCAUUCAGGAGCUCUAUGGUGGCCGAACAGACAGACCCCGGCCACCCCCGACCCAGGACCCAGUCACUCCCAUGGAUAUCUGCAGUGAGAAUAUUGUCUUCGAUGCUGUGGCCCAAAUCAGAGGAGAUACGUUCUUCUUCAAGGACAGAUUCGUGUUUAGGUCAUCCAACUUCAGGCCCAAGCCCACCGGACCCAUGUUAGUAGCCACCUACUGGCGUGAGCUGCCAGGGAAGGUUGAUGCCGCCUAUGAGAGCCCGUUGGAGGAGAAGACUGUGUUCUUUGCAGGGAAGGAGAUGUGGAUUUAUUCCGCCAGCACGCUGGAGAGUGGCUAUCCCCAGAGGAUUUCCUCCAUGGGCCUGCCUGAUGAUCUGGAUCACAUCGAUGCUGCCUUAUCAUUUAGCAAGAGCCAGAAGACCUACUUGUUCUCUGGAGACAACUUCUGGAGGUAUAAUGAAGUUAAGAGGAAGAUGGACCCUGGCUAUCCCAAACUGAUUGCAGAUGCCUGGAACGGUGUCCCAGACGACUUAGAUGCUUCUUUCAGUGUGAAUGGAGAUGGUUACAGCUACUUCUUCAAGGGGGACCACUAUCUCAAGCUAGAUGACAACACCCUGAAAUUCAUCAAAUUUGGUUCUGUGAAAGCGGACUGGCUGGGUUGCUGAGCAACACCAUUAAAGAGAAGGCGGUGGCAGCUCCCCCUGUCACCGCCCAGCCAGCCAAUCACACGCGUAUACUCGCACACCCGAGCGACUCCUCUUUCAUUGGGCUGCUGUCUACGGUAAAAAUCACCACAACUGUGGAUCCAGGCUGGUCAUGUCAUACGCACUUACUCCCACAUACCAGACUGAUCACCCUAGCCGAUGAGCGAAACCAGCCCUGAGCUGGUUUGCUUAGAGAAUAUAGUAAACUGGGUGAAAUAUACAUGUUGUUUUUAUAUGACAUAGUUGUGUAAUAUAGACAGAUUAGUUGUAAUGCAUGUACAGAUAUACUGUUAGUAGUUACUGCUCACUAUGCUGUGUAAGUCUCACACUCCCUGGGCAUCAGGAAUGUCCACACUGCACACAGACUCAGGUGGAGUUGGAGCACAUUCAUCAGGACUUUUUAGCACGUUUAUUCCUUAAUAAAUGUGUUCUGAAGAAACAUGACCAAGUGACUAUUGUAAGCAUUGCAUUGCAUCCGUUUCUCACGUCUUUCCAACAAUACAAAAUGGUUCAUGGCACGGGUUUGCCUGGUUCUAAUGUUUGUUGCAUGACGAAGUCAUGACAAGAUGUGUCCAGAAAGUAUUGUUUGUAAUCGUUCAUAAUCGUUAAUUAUUAUUUUUGUUUGUUUUUACUUUUGUAUUUGAUCAUGAGUGUUUGUAUUUUGUGCACUUUGUCAUACAUUUUUGAAAAUAAAAAUAAAAAUGAUCUGAUUUUUUUUAUAUGAAAA